AUGAAAGUUUCCUACCUAUUGAGUUUAGGUCUAGUAGCUGCAACAGAGGUUGCAGUUAAUGGAGAGUUAAGUUUAGAAGAGGAGUUACAAGAAGUUACCAAUUAUGAUUUUGAUUUAGAUUCCAUAUCAUACUUCAGCCACAUAGCUAUUGAGCAAGCUGUUGACUGGUUAGAAGCUCACGAUAUCAGCAGUAUCUCUGAAUGCUUUGAAUAUUACAAUGCGCACAGAGUAGAUUCCACCACUUUAGAGGCAGCCGUAAACCAAGGCCAUGAGUUAUAUAGAAGCUCCGACUUCUUCAAAUAUGGUAUAAAUUUGGUUUCUGAUAUCUUGGAGAGAUCAAAGGAGUCUCAAAAGUUCCAAUGGUGGAAGCAUGGAUUAAUGCAGAGCUUAAUAAGAUUAGGUACCGCCGACUUGUUUGACGGUGUCUUGAUGGACAACUUUGGCCUUGAAUUAACUGAUUUGCUUGAUAUCUAUAGGGAUUUACAGCUUCAACUACAAACCGUUGACGUUCUAGGAGGCUUAGUAGACGCACCUACGUCGAGCUCUUCAAAAGCAACAAAGGAAUAUCCAUGGCCUGCUCCAAAAGACUCGAUUGAGUUUCCAUAUGAACCACCAAAAGAUUCACCAUGGGAUAUGCCAGGAGAAAUGCCAAAACAAACGCCAAAACAAACGCCAAGACAAACGCCAACAGAUAAAACUCCAGACAGCCCAAAAAAGACUGAUCCAUCUGCCCCAAUUGAUGAUGAAAACAAGAAAGGUCGCAAGCAACCUGAGGAUACUGAACCUGAAGAAUCUGAAAGUGAUAAACCAAGCGACACUGAUAAGUCUGAGGAUAAAAAGCCCAAGGACAGACCGAAAAAGGACAAGGACUUAGAAGAUCCAAAGGAUAAGGACGAGCCAAAGGAUAAAGAUGAGCCAAAGGGUAAAGAUGAACCAAAGGAUAAAGAUGAGCCAAAGGGUAAGGGCGAGCCAAAGGGUAAAGAGGAACCAAAGGAUAAAGACGAGCCAAAGGAUAAAGAUGAGCCAAAAGAUAAGGAAAAGCCAAAGGACAAGGACUUAGAAGAUCCAAAGGAUAAGGAUUCGGACACUCCAAAGGACAAGGACGAGCCAAAGGACAAGGAAAAGCCAAAGGGUAAGGACUUAGAAGAUCCAAAGGAUAAGGAUACGGACACGCCAAAGGAUAAGGAAGAGCCAAAGGAUAAGGAAAAGCCAAAGGACAAGGACUUAGAAGAUCCAAAGGAUAAGGACGAGCCAAAGGAUAAGGCAAAGCCAAAGGAUAAGGACGAGCCAAAGGAUAAGGAAAAGCCAAAGGAUAAGGACGAGCCAAAGGAUAAGGAAAAGCCAAAGGAUAAGGACGAGCCAAAGGAUAAGGAAAAGCUAAAGGAUAAGGACGAGCCAAAGGAUAAGGAAAAGCCAAAGGACAAGGACUUAGAAAAUCCAAAGGAUAAGGAUACGGACACUCCAAAGGACAAGGACGAGCCAAAGGACAAGGAAAAGCCAAAGGGUAAGGACUUAGAAGAUCCAAAGGAUAAGGAUAAGGAAGAGCCAAAGGGUAAAGAUGAGCCAAAGGGUAAAGAGGAACCAAAGGAUAAAGGUGAGCCAAAGGAUAAGGACGAGCCAAAGGACAAGGAAAAGCCAAAGGACAAGGACUUAGAAGAUCCAAAGGAUAAGGAUGCGGACAAGCCAAAGGAUAAGGACGAGCCAAAGGAUAAAGAUGAGCCAAAGGGUAAAGAGGAACCAAAGGAUAAAGGUGAGCCAAAGGAUAAGGAUUCGGACAAAUCUCAAAAGACUACGAAAUCUGAAAACGAGACCUCGACAUUGUCCACGAAAAAAGGGUUUCCAAUAAUAACUGAAAAGCCAAAAGAAGCUCAAUUUCAAACCAAAAUGCCCUUGAUUACUUCACUUGUUCCUAAAAACCCUGGAAAUCAAACCGAUGUAUCUAAACCAAUGGUAUCGUCAAAUGCAACUUUUGAUGAAUCAGGAAGAAAAAUGGUACCGAUUGAAACGUUGAGCUUAAUCCAGAAUUUUACUUUCCCAAACUAUCUUCGAGCAACUCAAAGUAUUAACCCAAUGCCAGACCUGACAGAAUCUACACUCGGUAGGAAAAUAACUCAAGUUGAGACAUUGGCGCUGCCAAAGACAGCAUCCCUCAGACAUGGUAGUAUUACAUUCCCACGGCCAUCUCCAACAGGAAAACCUAAAAAGGACGCAGAAGAUUCUAUAACAACGAACCUGUCAAUUGAAUUACCGUUUCCAACCUCUGUAGGGCUUAAAUAUCCAAAGGAAAGCCAACUGAAGACAAAUUCACCCACAGAAAACAUAGAGCCUAACCUUACAACACCAAUAGAUUCGAUUAGAUCAACAGAUAUUAUAAUCACUGUUAAACCCAGUAAGACGGUAAAACCUUCAGAACCUAUAAAACUAGGACCCAGUUCAACAGAAGAGCCCAGCUCAACAGAUGAACCAACUUCGACAGAAACCGUGGAACCUGAUAUCAUAACUUUAAUCAAACCCGUGACAUUGAUAAAACCUACCAAGUCAACUGGGCUUGUAACUUUGAUAGAGACAAGGUCCAGGCAGCUUAGCACAUCAGAGCCCAUAACACCAACUGAGACCACUAGCAAGCAAGAGGACUUACUGCCACCAGCAGAACCCACUACCAAGCAAGAGGACUUACCACUACCAGCAGAACCCACAAGCAUGCCAGUAGAAAUUCCAAAGCUGCCCAUCACAUUUCCAGAGUCAGUAACGUUGAUAGAUCCUAUAUUGCCUCCCGAAAACACACCCAGAGAUCCAGUACCACCAACUGAGAAAGAGCUACCUCCUAAGGUAACAACAAAAGAGGACGACCCUAUAGCAACAGCUUCACCGCAGGAGGAAGCUAAACCAACGGCAACCCAACCCUUGGAUCUAACACAAACAUCACCACCAAUACUUACGGAAACACCAGCUCCAGAGGUAAUCACAGAAGACCCUGUCAAACAGAGCGCUCUUCCGGUCAGUACCUCCACCUCAAUUAUUAAGUACACCAGAACAGGCCCUGUCAAACCCCUUCUGCCAACCCCUGGUAUCUUCACAGGCGUCACGGGCACUGCAGUAGCAAAGAAAUCAGCCUACCAUACCUUCAACAGUACCUUCCCAACUGGCAGAAGAUUGGAAAAACUCUAUGGAAACAGAACAAACGGCUCAUUCGUCGUAGACACCAGCAUGUCAAACGUCGCCGCAACCCUAAAUCCAUACUCCAUUGUUGGCGCAGUGAUCAUUUUGGUUAGCAACGUCCUCCUAUUUUAA